GUUUUAUUGUCCUGCGCAUGCGCCUACGCGGUCUCUUUACUUCCUCUAAGUUGUCGAGAAUGAUAGUCGAUGCGCGCCUGGCUGUUGUGAGGUAGAUAAAGUGACUUCGGAAGCUGCACACAAGUUUACAAGAGCGGUCGUGUUUGAUGGAAGACAGUGACCUUCACCCUUCAGAAGCUACUGUUACUGGAAUGCUGAACACUGAGUCCCCUGCCAUGGAGAGCAAUGGGGAUGCCUUUCUUCCGUACCUUCCAGCUUCUGGUCAACCUGCAGAGUGGUCACUAGACCAAGUGGCUCCAGAGCCGUUCGCUAACAUCUUGCCCGGGGAGUCUGAUGCAUCCCAGGAUGUUCCUGGGCAGCAGCAACCAGAUCAGCAGAUGAAUUCCACAGAACUGGGGUCUGUGGAGAAGGCAGUUGAGCAGUGUCAGCUUGCCACUGCCCAGCUCUUCCAAGAAGAGCACCCUCCACCUCCGCCGCCGCCACCACCUCCACCUCAGCCCGCAGAAGAGCCAUCAGAAGAGAAUACAGAGCCAGCGUCUGAACAUGGUGCAGACCCAGAGGCUAAUAUAUAUGAUAGCACUCAAGAUGGGGUGACACAGAUGGCAGAGGAUGGCAUGGAGCUUGAAGACCCAUCCAAAGAGAUCGCUCAAGAACCUGUUUCUCUGGAGCCAGAAGUGCCCAGUGAGUUUGAAAGACUUUUUAAAGUCUGUGAAGACAACCCAGAAGAUUUUAAUGGCUGGGUCUACCUGCUGCAGUAUGUGGAGCAAGAGAAUGUCCUUACAUCUGUGAGACAAGCAUUUGAUGUUUUCUUCUUACAUUAUCCCUACUGUUAUGGCUACUGGAAGAAGUAUGCAGACAUUGAGAAAAAACAUGGCCAUAUACAAGUUGCAGAAGAGGUCUACAGAAGAGGAUUGCAGGCUAUUCCUCUGAGUGUUGACCUGUGGCUGCACUACCUGACCUUCAUCAAAGAGAACUCUGACAAUACCGACCCAGAGACUGAAGGACGCAUUCGAGCUACCUAUGAACAUGCAGUACUUGCAGCAGGCACAGAUUUUCGCUCGGAUCGUCUGUGGGAGUCCUUCAUUAACUGGGAGACAGAACAGCAGAAGCUGGCUAAUGUCACGGCAGUCUAUGACCGCAUCUUGGGCAUCCCAACCCAGCUUUAUUCACAGCACUUCCAGAGGUUCAAGGACCAUGUACAGGGCAACCACCCCAAACACUUCUUGUCAGAGGAGGAGUUCGUUCAGCUGAGGGUGGAGCUCUCCAAAGCCAGUCUAUCGGCGAUGGUUGGGGACAAUGACGAGACGCCUGCUGUUCAGGAGGAGUUGCCACCUGGUACCGAGGAUCUUGCAGAUCCGGCUAAGAGAGUGACUGAGAUUGAGAACAUGCGCCACAAAGUGAUCGAGGCUCGCCAGGAAGUCUUCAACCACAAUGAGCAUGAAGUCAGCAAGCGCUGGACCUUUGAAGAAGGGAUUAAGCGACCAUACUUCCACACCAAAGCCUUGGAGAAGACCCAGCUGAACAACUGGAAGGAAUACCUGGACUUUGAGAUCGAAAACGGGACUCCUGAGCGUGUGGUCGUUCUCUUUGAAAGAUGCCUCAUCGCCUGUGCUCUCUACGAAGAAUUCUGGAUAAAGUAUGCAAAAUAUCUAGAGGGCUACAGUACUGAAGGUGUGAGGCAUAUCUACAGGAAGGCGUGCACCAUCCAUUUACCCAAGAAACCAACCAUUCACCUACUGUGGGCAGCCUUUGAGGAGCAGCAAGGUGACAUUGAAGAGGCUCGUAGAAUCCUGAAGUCUCUGGAAGUGGUUAUCCCAGGUCUAGCCAUGGUGCGCCUUCGGAGAGUCGGCAUGGAACGUCGCCUUGGUAACUUGGAGGAAGCAGAGGCAUUGUUAAGGGAGGCAAUGGAGUGUGCGAGCAGUGCUACUGACACAUCGUUCUAUGCUGUGAAGCUGGCAAGGCAGCUGAUGAAAGUGCAAAAAAGUCUUAGCAAGGCCAAGAAGGUGCUGCUGGAUGCUAUUGAAAAGGACCAGACAAGUUCAAAACUUUAUCUGAACUUGCUUGAGCUGGAAUACAGUGGGGAUGUGACACAGAACGAGGCGGAGAUCUUGGCUUGUUUUGAUCGAGCCUUGAUGAGCCCAAUGCCUGUGGAGUCCCGGCUCCUUUUCUCGCAGCGAAAGGUGGAAUUCCUUGAGGACUUUGGCAGUGACAUCAAUGUGCUUGUGGCUGCACAUGAAGAACAACAGAAACUACAGAAAGAAAUUGAGUCCUCAAAGAGGAAGGCUGAGAAUGGAUAUGACAGCUCUCAAGAACCUGAUGCCAAGAGACAGCGUGUGGACGACAGUCUAGCUGCAGCAAAUUCAAUGACAGACAUGCAAGCUAAUAACUCUGCAUACAACUAUAACUGGUACCAGCAACAAUACGGCGGAUGGGGACAGAAUUCCUGGGGGCAGUACAACCAAUAUGCCCAGUAUAACCAGUACUACCCCCCUCCUCCUACAUAAUAGACAAAAUCCCAACCUGAAGAUCAAGACUGAGGAAAUCAUCCUUUCUUUGACUUGCCUAGAUUUCUGAACAGGGCUACUUUGACCCAGCAACAGACUGCAAUAUAGACAAAUGUUUCUUUUUCUGAGUUAAUGUGUGCUGAUCAGUUAAAUUACACUUUGUAGCCAUUGGUUGGAAUACAGAACAUGCUGUCCUCCCUGGCAGUCAUGUCGACCAUUUACUUGUUAUUUUGAAAACAAAUUGCUACAUUCAUCUCUCAACACUGGCUGCUUUUCUGGGUUCUUUUUAAUGCAUGUUAAUUGUGAAGACAAAAUUAACUUUUUCAUUGUGUGAAGGCUUUUUCAUUUUAGAUGGGACUUAGUUUGUUCUCUUUCUUAGUGUUUAGGAUUAGAACUGCAACUAAGGUGGCAUUCAUUAAUGUAACACUGAUUUGUGUUUCUCCUUCCCAAGCUGAAAGAUUUUUCAUAUUUCAUGGUUGUUUCCACAAAAAGAAAUGAAGAUUUCCUCGUUUUUUAUUUUGACUUGAUUUCAUAAUAAAGAGAAUGAUAUCCUGCA